AUGAGCCUAAAGUGUGGUGUCACAUUACGUGAUUGGUGUGAUACUAUGGCACCUCGACGAUAUAACGUCGAUGAACGCCGAUUGGUGCAGUUUGGUAUGCACCAUCAGUUUCUACGAAAGCUAUCGACUUAUCCUAUAUCAACAGUGUCGUCGGGUGAAAUGGAACGUUCUGGGAAGAUAUUUCGUCUAUGUGAUGGUACGAGAGCAUUGGAAGAUCUGGCGGUGAUCUAUGACAUGAUGCCUGAUGAGCUCCACUACAUGCUGAUUGAAAGCGGCAAAUUUAAGUUCAUCAGCAAAUAA